AGGGGCGGGGCGUAGCGCCCGGGCUCCGACUCCAAGCAGUACGGCGGGAGGCACUAGAGGGAGCUGCGGCCGCGCUUGCCGCGCCUGCCUCGCCGCGCCGGCCCGGCCCCGAGCACCGCCUCCCCAACCAGCGUCGCCGCGAUGGCGGAGGACAGCGAGUCUGCGGCCAGCCAGCAGAGCCUGGAACUGGACGACCAGGACACGUGCGGGAUAGACGGGGACAAUGAGGAGGAGACGGAGCACGCCAAAGGAAGUCCUGGAGGGUAUUUGGGAGCCAAAAAGAAAAAGAAGAAACAGAAGAGAAAAAAGGAGAAACCAAAUUCCGGAGGCACCAAGUCAGACUCAGCAUCUGAUUCCCAGGAGAUUAAAAUUCAGCAGCCUUCGAAACACAACACCAUCUGGCAGCAGAUUUCAGCGGGAGCAGCCAUGGAAUCCCAGUGUUCCAAUGCAGAAGUUGCAGGAUAUCCAGAGAGCAAUGGAGCUGCUAUCCGCAUGCCAGGGCCCAGCCAGGAACAUUGACGAGGCUGCAAAGCACAGAUACCAGUUUUGGGACACACAACCGGUACCGAAACUAGAUGAAGUCAUAACAUCUCAUGGUGCAAUUGAACCAGAUAAAGACAACAUACGCCAAGAACCGUAUUCUUUGCCACAGGGUUUUAUGUGGGACACUUUAGACUUGAGUGAUACCGAAGUGCUCAAGGAGUUAUACACGUUGUUAAAUGAGAAUUACGUAGAAGAUGAUGACAAUAUGUUCCGAUUUGACUAUUCACCUGAGUUCCUGUUGUGGGCUCUGCGUCCACCAGGCUGGCUCCUGCAGUGGCACUGUGGGGUCAGAGUGUCUUCAAAUAAAAAACUGGUCGGGUUCAUAAGUGCCAUCCCAGCAAACAUUCGGAUUUAUGACAGUGUGAAGAAGAUGGUAGAAAUCAACUUUCUUUGUGUUCAUAAGAAGUUGAGAUCGAAACGGGUAGCCCCAGUGCUAAUCCGAGAGAUCACUAGAAGAGUGAACCUGGAAGGGAUCUUCCAGGCUGUGUACACCGCGGGAGUGGUUCUUCCUAAGCCCAUAGCCACAUGCAGAUACUGGCAUCGAUCACUAAACCCCAGAAAAUUGGUAGAAGUGAAAUUUUCUCACUUGAGUAGAAAUAUGACUUUACAGAGAACAAUGAAGCUAUACAGACUUCCAGAUGUUACAAAGACUUCAGGUUUGAGACCAAUGGAACCAAAAGAUAUCAAAUCAGUUCGAGAAUUAAUCAACACUUACCUGAAGCAGUUUCAUCUGGCUCCAGUGAUGGAUGAAGAGGAAGUAGCCCACUGGUUCCUCCCCCGGGAGCACAUUAUUGACACGUUUGUAGUGGAGAGCCCCAACGGUAAACUGACUGAUUUCCUGAGCUUCUAUACGCUCCCCUCCACGGUGAUGCACCACCCUGCUCACAAGAGCCUCAAAGCCGCCUACUCAUUCUACAACAUCCACACAGAGACGCCCCUGCUGGACCUCAUGAGCGACGCGCUCAUCCUGGCUAAAUCGAAAGGAUUUGAUGUAUUCAAUGCACUGGAUUUGAUGGAAAAUAAGACAUUCUUGGAAAAACUCAAGUUUGGUAUAGGAGAUGGCAAUUUGCAGUAUUACCUGUACAAUUGGAGGUGUCCAGGUACAGAUUCUGAAAAGGUUGGACUAGUACUACAAUAGAUGGAUAUUUUUAUUUCUAGAACUCUGACAUCAUCAUUUGUUAAUAUUUAAUGAUUUCUGGAACUGCCAUUCCAAAGAAGAAUAAAAGCACAACUCAAGUGAAAUUGAAGUAGUCGAUAAUCAGAAAAGAUGACAAAAGUCCACGUGACAUUUGUACGUUUCUAGCUAGAAUGUUAAACUUCAUCCUUUUUUCACUGUUGACCUAUUUGUGGGAGGGAUGGAAGGCUACAAAGAGCACAUUCUUGUAAUUUUCAAAUUUUUGCCUGUCUCUUGAAGAGGUAUUUUUUCACCCUUAGAAAAGGGACUGUUUUUCUAUGGACUAAGUAGAAGUUACAGAGUCAUGUAAGAAAAUCUUUGCUAUUGUGUGGAGAUAAAUUGCUGCAUUCCUGUUUCUUAAGUGAUGGUACAUUUGUCCAUGUAACAGAACAAAAGAUCCAUUUGGAAAUUUUUUUACUGGUAUCACCUUACAUGGUAUCACUGGGAACAUUUAUGGAAUCAACACUUCUGUAGCUCAGUGACAGGUGGUGGUGAUUUAAGUGCAGAGCAAUAUUAAAAUAUACUGGUGACUAGUACAUGUAUUUCUCCAUAAGCAGAGUUGCCGAAUCAAUAAACAUUUAAGUUUGUACUUUGAUCUUUACCAGGUCAGUGGAUUGCUUCAAAAGCAGAGUUUUGUGCAAGCACUCACUGUGAUCUCUGUAAGAGCCUGCGGCCGGGCGUGGUGGCUCACGCCUGUAAUCCCAGCACUUUGGGAGGCCAAGGUGGGCAGAUCAUGAGGUCAGGAGAUCGAAACCAUCCUGGCCAACAUGGUGAAACCCCGUCUCUACUAAAAAUACAAAAAUUAGCCGGGCAUGGUGGCGUGUGCCUGUAGUCCCAGCUACUUGGGAGGCUGAGGCAGGAGAAUCACUUGAACCUGAGAGGCUAGGUUGCAGUGAGCCGAGAUUGAGCCACUGCACUCCAGCCUGGGUGACAGAGCCUGAGACUCCGUCUCAAAAAAAAAAAUAGAAAGAGCCUGUACCCGCGACUAACUAGACUUUUCUGCUGUUGUGCAAAGUUCAGUUUCUUCUCAGCAACAUCAAGGAUAUAUGAAGAAAAGGAAAUAAAAACUGUAAAGUCAAAA